AUGGAUGCAGACCUAGACACAGAUAUGGACAUGGAUUUGGACAUGGACGUUCCUAUGGAGGAAACCGGAACGGAUGGAGCAACCGCUACCACCUUGACUGCAGGGGGUAGUGGCAAUGAUGGAGGUGCUAUUUUAGAUAUAACAAGUAAUAAAUCCUCAACACCUUCAAAGUUAACGACAUCAAGUAUUGGUACUUUGGAUGGAUGGAUAGAACGUUUAGGUAAUUGUGAAUUUCUGUCGGAAGAAGAAGUCUCGAAACUUUGUAAAAUGGCUGUGGAUGUGUUACAAUUUGAAGAAAAUGUAAAACCAAUCUCGGUCCCUGUCACUAUAUGUGGGGAUGUACAUGGUCAAUUUCAUGAUUUAAUGGAAUUGUUUAAGAUUGGGGGACCAUGUCCCGAUACAAAUUAUUUGUUUAUGGGUGAUUAUGUCGAUAGAGGUUAUUAUUCUGUGGAAACGGUGUCGUUUUUGGUUGCCAUGAAAGUAAGAUAUCCAUCCAGAAUCACUAUACUGAGAGGUAACCACGAAUCUAGACAAAUUACACAAGUUUAUGGAUUCUAUGAUGAAUGUUUAAGGAAAUACGGGAGUGCUAAUGUAUGGAAAAUGUUUACAGAUUUAUUUGAUUAUUUCCCUAUUACAGCAUUGGUAGAUAAUAAGAUUUUUUGUUUGCAUGGUGGGUUGUCUCCUAUGAUUGAAACUAUUGAUCAAGUGAGGGAAUUAAAUAGAAUACAAGAAGUUCCUCAUGAAGGUCCAAUGUGUGACUUGUUAUGGUCAGAUCCUGAUGAUAGAGGUGGAUGGGGGAUCAGUCCCAGAGGUGCUGGUUUCACUUUUGGUCAAGAUAUUAGUGAACAAUUUAACCAUACGAAUGGACUUUCUUUGGUCGCAAGGGCACAUCAAUUGGUCAUGGAAGGUUAUUCUUGGUCACAUCAACAAAAUGUCGUCACAAUCUUUAGUGCACCAAAUUAUUGUUAUAGGUGUGGGAAUCAAGCUGCAAUUAUGGAAGUGGAUGAAAAUCAGAAUAGACAAUUCCUUCAAUAUGAUCCGGCAGUGAGACCGGGAGAACCAACAGUCAGUAGAAAGACGCCGGAUUAUUUCUUAUGA